GAACCCUCGUUUGUUUACAUCCGACUUGGCGGUCAAGAGGUUAAGUUGUUGCGACGACGUUGAAGAAAACGGGCGGCGAUUCCACACUGUAUACCGUCAGAGCAGAAAAAUAACUGGGCUUGUGCGAGGGGUUGACCGAUAAUUUAUUCUCGAUCUUCUGAAUCGUCGGGUUAUAGGCGCGGCUGACGGACUUGUCGCAAUGGAUCCAGAAAGCUUAGCAACUGCUUCGACAUAUUUGAAUAACUUGCUUCUUGCGCGAGGCCUCUUGCGCAGUGGAAAGCCAGUUGAGUUCUCCAGGCCGUCUCGUGGCGAGGGCGGGAAAGAAGCAACAUAUGGAAAGAUUAUAAAUCUCGUUCAUGACUUGGUGCUAAGGAGAGACCGAGAAGCGGAACAGCGAGAGAAUUUGGCAAAUACGAUCAGAACACUUCGGCGCAAUGAAGCGGGAAAUAAUCUUGAAAUGGAGCGCCUUCGAGAAAGAAAUGCAGACCUUACUCGGCAGCUUGCUCUUGCGCAGGGUCAAGAGCGGGUUUACAAAUCAUCGAUCCGUACAGCAGAAGCCUCCGCGCGCUCACACAGAGACGAGAUGCUCCGGAUGAAGUCACUGCUGCAGCAGGUCCGAACACAGUGUGCCAACGACAUUCGGAAACGAGACAUGCAAAUCCAGAAGCUGAAGCACCAUCUAGCAACUCAGCAGCGUGGAACUCGAAGUGGACUCGUGCAUUCGACAAUGACGAUAUCACCAAUUACACCUUCAAUGGCUGCAUCCAAGGCUGAGAGACAUUCUUCUCCCGACAGCUCCGAUUUGAGUCUGAAGCAGGAGACGACUGAGUUCUUGACAAAUUUCAGCCAGCAAUUGAGUGAUGAGAAUGAUAAUCUUAUUGGACUAAUCACAAGUUCGACGUCAACGCUGAGAUCGCUACAGGGUCUCCCUCCUGCAUCUCAUUCUGGCUUUAGUGUGUCUGAGGAGUUCCAGGAAGGCGGCCUUGACAAUUCUUCGGAAAUGGAGCUCGUAUCAUGCGUGCCGACUUCUUACGAGGAACUUGCAGUGGAUAUGGAUGAAGUUCUGGAGCACCUCCGCACCAUCUUGACGAAUCCAAAUUUCGUUCCUCUCGAGGAACUUGAAAUCCGGGAAGAUGAAGUUGUUAGGUUGAGAGAAGGUUGGGAGAAGAUGGAAGAGAGAUGGAGAGAGGCUGUCACCAUGAUGGACAGCUGGCGCAAAAGAAUGGUUAGUGGUGGAGAGACUAUUAACUUGGAUGAGCUCAAGGCAGGCCUCAAAUUGGGCCAAGGCUUGGAAACGUUGACGCCACGAACAAUUGCAAGAUCACAUCCGAAGAAGAGCCCCAAUAGGAAAGAGGCCCAUGAGCAGCUCACACAAGGAGAAGUGCCAUUGCAGCCGCGCGGUAACUCCAAGGAACAGAUUGAGGGCGAAGAAGAAGGCUGGGAGGAGGAUGAACAAGCUUCCGAUGAAGAGGAAGACGAGUUGGCAUUUUCUCAACCCAGCCCAGCCUCCCGUCGCCACCUGUCAGUCCUCGGCGAACAAAGCGGAAACGCUCAGCCGACAAGAUCACCGCGUAAAGUGUCUUUUCAAGACAUUCCCGAAGAAGAGGACAGCCAACAACCAGAGGGUCGCAUCAAUGGAGGGUUGGGUGUCAUCCCUGACCUCAAGGCAACACCCCACAAACUAUCCCCGGAGAAAUCCAGCAGAGAAUCGACGCAGUCAAGAAGUCCUCGACAGACACCCAAGCAGAUUUCAACUCCUCUUACUGUUCGGCAAAAGCUGGAAAAUGCACGAGCUGAAGCAGAGGCAACAAAGUCAGGACGUAGACGGAAGAGUAUCACAAGGCGAAGCGGCGUAAGAAGCGGACGCAGGAGAAGCACAUUGAGCAAAGAGGAGCUUGAUGCCCUAAUCGGUCGUGUCGACAGCCUCUAG